UACAUUAACUUGAAUUAUUUAGAUGUACGCAUUCGCGAACUAAAUGUCAAAAAAAAAAUAAAAAUAAAAAAAAAAAUAAAAAAAAAUAAAAUAAUAAAUAUAGAACAAUCUUACAAUCAAUAAAAAGGGAAUUUAGAAUACGAUGAACUGGAAAAGUUAAAGACCAUAGCUUAACGCUUUAUCGACUAGAAAAAGAGCAAGCAACAACGCACUGGUCUGAGGUGWGUUAGCAAACAUGAUGACAUUCAGCGUUACCAUAGAGAAACAGGCAGUAAACAUUCACUGAUGUGAUUGCUAUGGUUUCUCGCACGUCAAUCACUCACCAUCAAGGUUUUUUCGUUAAGUUUUUUGUCCAAACUUUCUAGAGCCUUUUGAUAGUGAAAUUCAAAGAAUAUGAAAUUAAAAUAAUAAACAAUCAUUUUGGAAAAGAAAUUUAAUAAUUUGGAAUUGAGCAAUCCGGAUCAAGUUUUACCAGUAGCUUUCGGAGAAAUGUCCGCAUUUUCCCAGUGCAUGUUUCAAGAAAUCAUAUAUUUAUUAAAAUCCCAAACCCUUCGGCCGAUAUAAUCGUAUAGGUCUAAGUUUUGCGUGUUAGGCGGAGGGUUUAUUGAACAAGUAGAUUUCAUUGUUGAUAUUAUAUACAAAGUACCUGACCGCUGAAAUCAAAACAUAAGAUAAUCUAAGGGCAAAGAAUCGAUUUAUAUGAAAAGUAUACAAUCAAUAGAGGCUAUUGCGAAAAAAAUCUUUGACACURUAGCCGGAAAAGUAGAAAUUAGCAUUUUCAGUAAAACUUUAAGAAACUUUUUUCGCUGUUUUGAGUGUUUUCACGAAUUUAAAACAAAAGUAGAAACAUAAUAAUAUUUUAAGCAUCAGCAGUACGUUUUUAAACAUAUUUUCUGAACAAAAAUUACUUCGGAAACGCGUUAAAAAAGCGUUUUUAGAGAUAAGAAUUUAUUCCAUUUCAAAAGUUCCACAAGAUCCGAAUUUWAUCCAAAGGUAUUUAACCUUCAAUACUCUUACAACAAUUGCAGCAAUUGAAAGCGACAGUAAGAAAAAGAAAAGAAAAGAAUAAAAGUGCUUACUCACCCUUACUUUCCUAUCCUGUGCAGUAGCGUUACCAAAGCCAAACUUGACUCUAAACUGUUGUCCUUGUGUUCAAAGGAAUUCAAUGACACUAAUGGAAAAACAGCACAAUAUUUGUGUUAAGUGUAAACAUUAACGUUGGUUAAGUAAACUGCACCAUUCGCAUUUGUCAAGAAAAACAGUUGAAAGUGUAUUGGGAACAGAUCGAGUGCACCAACAUUGAUGAUGCCCUCGAAGAGUGAGCUAAAUCUAAGCCAUGUGGGAUAAUUGGCAAAAACAUUAACGAGCAUGCGUAAAUGAAAAAUGCRAAAAAUAUUUUUGACGGGAAGAAACGUCAAUGCUUAAGUGACGUCAAAAAUGAAUUUGAAUCACGUGAUCUAUCAAAACGUCAACUUAGGAACAACUUUUGACUUUGAGGCCUUCAGUAAAAGCACUCUAAAUUUACAAUCUAGAAAUGUUAAUAGAUCUAGUAAACUUAUCAAGCUGUAAAGUCCAGCAAAAAUGACAGCUGUGUCCGUUUAGGAGCCGUUAUGGAAAGAACUGAUAAAAUUCACAUACUUCCAUGUAAUGAACUUCACUACAAAAAUAUCUAUCAUCACAGUGUCCAGAAUACCACAAUAAUAAAAAACUUGAAUACAUAAUAUUAUUUACUGUGAAAUAGAAUGAGAUUUAUAAUAAUGACGAAGAAACAGAAACUUUUUAUAAAUGUUGCUGUUUUACAGAACGCAAAUCAUUGACUUGCUACUGCAGCAUGUGUGGAMAGGACAAAAACUUCUGCCAAACAAAUGGGUCAUGCUUCAUUCAGUCUCKUCUCACUAAGAAAGGAAURAUAACUCUCCAACGUACCUGUUUACAGCCAGGACAWAAAAACAGCUUCAUUUGUCAGUACAGCAAAGAYUAUCCAUAYGCYAAAUGCUGUCAGGAAGACUUCUGUAAUAAAGAUGUUGUUAGGACCAUUACAACUACUGGUGCACCCUCAACCAGAACAGCACAGUAUCAUGUAGAAACUAUUUUCACUGAAGACAAGGCCAUCAUUAGUACUUCAGCUACCAGAAAAGAAACAUCAGCAAUUAUCGAGACUGCAACAAAGCCUAACAAAAUAAAAUUCCCAGAAAACACCUCUACUACAAGAGUAUCAAUGAAUGCUAAGGUCUUGGCAAUUCUUGGAAUCUUUAUUUUUCUAUUGUAAACCUCUAUUAUGCCACUGACCCUAACAUUGCAGGCA